GCAAAACACUGUCGGCAGAGCCGCAGUUGACAAGUCUCGAUGAGCUGCGACGACGGCCUACGAUGCGACCUUGUGCUCCACAAGACGCUCCGCCGGCGCGAGCUCGAGCGCGAGUGGUACCAACAGCACCGGUGCGAGCGCCUCCAAAAGCAGCGCAGCUACGACGCGAUAAACCGAGAGAAGCGGCUGCAACAGAUGAAAGCGUAUCGACACAAGCACCGCGACCGGCAGCGCGAGUACAAGCAAGAAUGGUACCGCCGCAACCGCGACGCUAUCAAGCAAAAGCGACUCGAGCGCAAGGCGGCGACUGAGGCCCACGACAGCGAUACGUCGCCGCUCGCCCUGCUCUGCCACGCUGCCUUGAUGGCAUGAGUCCGCUUGGCGUGUUGGGAUAUUUAGGCUACGAAUGCAUCGACAGGAUAAGAUUGAGAACGGUCUUAUCCUAUACAUAUUUGCUAUUACCAUUGGCAUCCGC